UAAUAAUAAUAUCCAUCCAUUUUCUGUACCGCUCAUCCUCACUAGGGUCUGGAGCCUAUCAUAAUAAUAACAAUAAUAAUUUGAGGGUGAAAAGCAUUAUUGCAAAUCUUGUAAAAUUGUAUUUAUAUUAUGAUAUGUUGUCAGCUAGAAAAGGCUUUUUUUUUUUUUGCAUUUAACUCCAUGGGUAGUCAUGACCUCUAUAGAUUGCUACGUUCUGUCUUUCCUUACAAGUUCUGUUUUCGGGCUUCUGAAAUAGUCCAUAUAGUUGCAGUGUGUUAAAACAGGAAGGGCUGAAUGUUUGUGGAAAAAAGUUCAUUUGUAAUGUUUGUUUAAUCUUGCUGACUCCUGUCAAAAUAGAAAUGACUGUUCAGUAGGCUAUAAGGAUGAAGGUCUUGGGACACAUCUCUGAAUAAAACAAGACAUUUUGGACAUUUCUAUCCAAAUGUGUUUGUUGAAGCAUCGGGGUCAUUUUCUGUUGCAGCGGGACAAGGAGCAAGGAGCAUAAAGGCAUGCUUGGAUGUGUUGGGUAUGGAAAAACACAAUGGCCCUGACCUCAACCCCUUCAAACACACGUGAUGAAUAAGAAUAGGGAUAUAAUAUGAAUAACAACCAAAAUAAUACAGUUGGAACAGGAUGGUAAAAAUAUAGGAACGUCGAUCGGCAUAGUAAUUAGGUUAAAGAGUGAAAGAGUGGUUAGUUCAUCUGCCUCACAGCUCUGAGGUUGUGGGUUUGAAUCCAGGCUGCGGCCUUUCCGUGUGGCGUUUGCAUAUUCUCCCUGAGCUUUUAUGGGUUUACCUCGCCCUUCUCCCACAUUCCCAAUACAAGUUUAUUUGGUUAAUUAAAGUCUAUAAAUUGUCUGUAGGUGUGAAUGGUUGUUUGUCUAUACCGUCCCCUCCAAAGGUAUUGGAACGGCAAGUCCAAUUCCUUUGUUUUUGUUGUAUACUGAAAACAUUUGGGUUUUCAUAAAAUUUGAAUAUGAGACAAAAGUUCAGAAAUCCACCUUUUAUUUCAUAGUAUUUACAUCUAGACGUGUUAAACAACUCCGGACAGAGCACCUUUUGUUUGAAGCCACCCUCUCGUCCAAAGUCAUCUGGGAUAGGCUCCAGCUAACGGUACUGUAGUUGGAGCUGAUCUUAAUCCCCAUAGCCCUUGAUUUACAGCUGUGAAUCUCAAAGUGUGGUAGAAGUACCACGAGUGGUAUGCGGGCUUUCCCUACUGGGUUAGGGUUAGUACAUUACUACAUUUAAGUAUUUUUUUUAAUUGAACUUUUGUCUUUUCCUAAGCGCAGUGUUGAUGUUCAAACUGUGCAUAUUGUUACAGUUAUCAUCAGAUACAAUGCACUUUUUAGGAAUAAAACCACUGCAUCGUUUUUGAUGAACACGCGGGCAUAAGACGCUGCUGUAUUUUAUUCUUGGUCAUUUUGCUGGGACUUGGGAGAGCCAAGUAUUUUUCGUGAUGGUACUGAGUAUAAAAGUUGACCAACCAACUGAUGUAUAGUAUUUGAUUGCCCCCAUAUGGCCUUAGUAAGUUACUACAGGCAUGAAAUGAAUUUUAAAAUGCCAUCACUUUAACAUUGCACUGCUGCAUAGUGAAGGAAAAUUCUUUCUUAUGACGAACAAUAUUUGUUUUUGGGACACCAUUCCACUCUGACAAAGUAAUCCAAUCUGUUGGUAGCACCACUAUCUUCUCUGUCAGGAUGUCAACAUCUGCUAAUGCUUCGUCAUCUCAAGCCUGUAAUCCAUCUCUGUCCACGUCAGAGGCUGAGCUGAGGAUUGCUCUUCUCGGAAAGACAGGAUCAGGAAGGAGCUCCUCUGGUAACACCAUCCUGGGUAGGUCUGCCUUCAGGGUGGAUGUCUCCCCCUGCUCUGUCACCACUCGCUGCAUGAAAGAGACUGGGACAGUAGGCGGAAGGCACAUCUCUGUGACUGACACGCCGGGGUUCUUCCACACACACUUGUCCACUCAGGAGGUCAUAAGAGAAGUGGGACAGAGUUUAGCCCUGUCCUCUCUCGGACCCCAUGUAUUCUUGGUGACCCUGCAGCCUGGCAGGUUCACCCAGGAGGAGAGAGAUGUCCUGGAGUGGAUCAAGGCAACAUUUGGACCUGGAGCCACCAGGUUUACACUGGUGCUGUUCACGUGGGGAGACCAGCUGCGAGGAAAACGUGUUGAAGACUUUCUGGAGCAGAAUGAUGAGCUUUCGGCAUUUGUCAGCAGCUGCCAUGGAGGAUUUCAUGUCUUUGAUAACAGCGAGACUGAGAAUAUGACCACAUGCUCACAACAAGUGGAGCAACUUCUGAAAAAGAUAGCCAAGAUUGUGGCAGACAACGGAGGCAGUUGCUAUAGCAAAGACAUGUUUAAGGAAGCAGAGAAUGCCAUCAGGGAUGCUCAGGAGAGGAUUCUGGAAGAAAGACGACACAGGUGGCUUCAUAUGGAGAAUGAUGAAACAGAGGGGCAAGAGCCAGCGUUACAAACGAGGCAGAGGAAGGAGGAAGAGGAGGCCAGGCGGAGGGCAGAGAGGCUCUUCUGGUGUGAGCUGUUGACGGCGUUAGGAAAAGGUGCAGCAGAAGGGGCUGGUGUCGCUGAGACAGACAAGAACAAAGGCAAAGCUUUGAAGAAAGUCAAGGUGGUGGAGAAGGCAGCGGCUCUGGUCACCUCGCCGUUCUCCAUCAGUUCGGCUGCAAAAGUGGUGGGCGGUGCUGUGAGAGAAGGAAGUAAGGUGCUAUACAAGCACCGUAAAACAUUCCUACACUAAAGGGAUUCCGGAUCGGUCUCUGUCGUCAACUAAACACAUAAGUAAGAAAGAAAUCAUCAGGGGCCAUCAACACACCACGUGAAGCCUGUCACAUUCUGUUACAUCAGAUUUUAUGUGGCUGCACAAACAGCACAUAUUUGCACAAGUCUUCAUAGAUCACAAUAAAGGCAAUGUUAAUAAAUGAUAUAC